GCUAUUUUGUGUGUGCGUCUUUCGGGGAUUUGGAAGAUUUGUACUCACCUGCACACCCAUUGUUUGGGUGUCUUAGAUCUCCUAUAAAAGUGUUGGCUCACGGCUGCUGAGGCAUCAGUUCCACUUGCCCCAACGCUGGAACAGCAGCUAGAAAAGCUAACUAACCAAGACUCCAAUUAAGAUGCGUUCCUUUGCAAUUGUGAUUUGUGCCUUGGCCUUCGUCGGCCUGGUCACCCCGUUAAGCAACUCCUAUCUGCCACCGAAAGUGGGUGCCCAGAGUGGAUAUAGUGCAGCGGCCUCUAGUUCCUCAGGAUCUUAUGCAGCUCCUGCAGCUACCUAUGCCCGAAAGGCUCACUCCGUGGCUGCUCCUUCCAGGCAGUACCUGGCUCCGGCUGCUUCUACAUCCCACAGUAGCUACAGCUCUGGAGGUUCAUCGUACUCGGCUCCAGCUGUGUCCCAUGUAUCAUACUCUGCUCCAGCUGCUUCCCAUGGAUCUUACUCGGCUCCAGCGGUAUCCCAUGUAUCAUACUCCGCUCCAGCUGUGUCCCACAGCUCAUCGUACUCUGCCCCAGCCGUAUCUCGUGGAUCGUACUCCUCGGCCUCCCAUACCAGCUACUCUGCUCCGGUGGCCGCUCCUUCCAGAAAGUACAUAGCUCCAGCUGCUGUAUCCCAUAGCAGUUACUCCGCUCCAGCAGUUUCCCACAAGAGCUAUGCCGCUCCAGCCGUGUCCCAUGGAUCUUACUCCUCUGGCAGUGCUUCUCAUGGCUCCUAUUCCGCACCAGCUGCUUCGUAUAGCUCCUACUCCGCCCCAGCUGCCACCCACACGAGCUACUCCGCCCCCGUGGCUGCUCCUUCCAGGCAAUAUCUGGCUCCAGCUGCAUCGCAGUCCACUUAUAGCUCGGUCGGAUCAUCCUAUUCCGCUCCAGCAGUAUCCCAUGGAUCUUAUGCUGCUCCAGCUGUUGCUAGGAAGACCUAUGCUGCCCCAGCUGUCUCGCAUGUGAGUUACUCGGGAUCUAGCCAAGGAUCUGGCUAUGCUGGCAGUCAGGGAUCCAGCCAUGGAUUUGGAGCUGGCUCACUGCAAGGCUCUGGACGAUCAGGCCAUGGAUCUGGCUUUGGUUCCAGCUUCGCAUUUGGACAUAAGUCGGGUUCAUAUGCUUCCAAUGGAGGCUACGAGUACCGCCUGAAGCACUAGGAAAGGAUCUCUUCGAAACAACGCAUAACGAACUAUAUUGCGCUCCAUUUUUUUUUUCAAUCGAAAUAAAUCGCAGCUACUGAUUUUACUAAAAAAAGAAUAUUGGUUAUGGAUUUAAAUUCAUUAAUUUCUUUCAUCUAACAACAACUAUUUGUGAUUUAUUAAUAGGUUUUGAUCAAAUACUUUUAUGGAUCUUUAAUAGCCAAAUCCGUCAUAUCGUUUAAGGAAUUACAUAAACCUUAUUAACUACUUUAAAAGAUAUUAGAAAUGCCUAAACCAAUAUAUUCUUUGAGCAAUCUGUAAAUCGAAUAAUCAAUCUAAAAUUGGUAAUAGAUUAAUGAGCAGUAUACUACGGUCUUUUCGACAUCCGUAAAAUAUAGAGCAACAUUCGAUCUUGAUCUACCUUAAGUUCUUUAGAAAUUUAAAAGUUUCAAAACAUUGAAUGCCUAUAGAAGGGCUGAUCCGGAAAAGUCUUUUAUGAUCUGUAGAUCAUAGCUGCGUAAAAUUUAUGUUAUAACGAGAUAUAUGAAAUACCCCUUUAUAGCCUUGUUUCACCCAAAAUAAAUACACUAAAAUGUAUGU